AUGGGAGAAAUGAAUGAAACGGAAGCGAAAGCAGUUAAUGAACGAAUGGCAGCCAUGCGAUCAAAAAUGUUAUCAUCAAUGGAUACAGUCUUAGACUCAGCAAAUGAUCCAACUAUGGUCGAAAAAGCACUUAAAGCUAGUGCAACAGUAACAGCAAAUAGUGAACAAAUGCCAUUGAAUAAUCAAGAAAAAGGAGCUGGUCUUAUUGAAAAAGUUGGCUCUAAAGUCAAAGAUAUGGAAUCAGCUGAUGAAAAUACAGUCACUGAACUUGCUACAUCACUAAUGGAUGUUGGUAGUAAUGUUCUUCAAGCUGCAUCAAAAACUGUUUCGAAAGAUCAAGAUAAUGAUCCUGGUGCUGUCAUUGAGAAUCUUGAAUCCGAUAUGAAAGAAGCAGAAAAUGAUGAAAUGGAUACAAAAGUUCUUUAUGCUCCAACAACAUUUUAUGAUGCAUGUGAUGAAUGUGAUACAUUACCUGAAGAACGAUGGGAAGAACUUCGACAUAAAUUAGAAGAAGAAAAGAAAACAAUUAUUGAAGGACGAGAACGAGCUUCAAAUAUUGCUAAACGAAGUGCCGGCGGUUUAUUUACAGUUGGUGAUGCUUUAGUUAAUCGUUCAUCAACAAAUGAUUCAAAAACAAUUGAAAGUAAAACAAUGGCAAUGAGUUUUGCAAAAGCAUCUCCGGAUGGUAAAUCAAGUAUAUCUGCUGGUGAAACAAGUAUUCGUUUACCUGGUUUAUCUGAUUUAAAUUCCGAUUCCGAAUCAUCAAAUGUUUUUACUAAAGUUCUUGAAUCAAAAGAUAAUCCUUAUGCAAGUGCUCAUGGAAAUUCUCAUGUACAAGGAAGUGUUGUAACUAUUAUUUUAUCACGACCCGAUGGAGCUGAAAUACCAGUAACAAAUACAACAGCACCAAUAUCAAUUCGUUUAACAAGACCAGUUGAUAAACGACCAAAAUUUCAAGAACAUCAAUUACAUGGAACAUUAUUUCAAUAUCAUAAAGUUACUUUACCUGAAAAUCAAAUGACAUUAUCAAUUUAUGUUGCUCCGAAUGGUUCACCAAUGGAUACAUAUGCUAUUUAUAUUUCAUAUGAUACAAAUGAAACAUUAUUAGAACCACCAACAGAAUCAAAAUUUGAUUUACUUUUUGUUUUACCCAAUAAAACAGCUGUAUCAUCAACAUCAGAUAUUAAUUUAGAUGAUGAAUAUGAAUUAAGACAUACAAUUUUUAUGCCACCGGGUGUUCAUCUUGGUAAUGGUACUUAUAUUAUUGGUGUCAGGUUACUUAAUGCAAGUACAACAAUGAAUUUAACGGAAUAUAAUUCAAGUUAUACAGUAAAUAUGUAUGUAUCAAAAUGUCAAUAUUGGGAUGAUAAACGAUAUGUAUGGAGUUCUGAUGGAUGUGAAGUUGGACCUUUGACAACAUUAAAAUCUACGGAAUGUCUUUGUAGACAUUUAACAACAUUUGGAGGUGAUUUUUAUGUGCCACCAAAUACAAUUGAUUUUAAAACAGUUUUUAAAAAAUUCAAAAAACUACAUGAAAAUGCUGCUGUAUUUAGUACGGUUAUGGUUAUUUUUGGUAUUUAUAUUCUUGCAGCAGUUUGGGCAAGAAGAAAAGAUAAACAAGAUUUAAUUAAAUGGACAGCAGCACCAUUGAUGGAUAAUCUUCCAAUUGAUAGUUAUCAUUAUUUAAUCACCGUUCAUACUGGUGUUGGUAAAGAAGCUGGUACAACAUCAAAUAUAAGUUUCGUUAUGUCCGGUGAAUCAGCUGAUAGUGGUGUACGAAAGUUAUCUGAUGGAAAAAUUCAAGAAUUUAAAUCAGGAAGUGUUCGAAAUUUUGUUAUGAGUGUUGAAUCUCUACUUGGUCCAUUACUUUAUAUUCGUGUUUGGCAUGAUAAUUCCGGUACUAAAGAUAAAGCAUCUUGGUAUUUAAAUAUGAUCAAUGUAAUGGAUUUACAAACUGGAGAAAAAAGUUAUUUUAUAUGUGAUAAUUGGUUUGCCGUUGAAAAAGGUGAUGGUCUUGUUGAUCGUGUUAUUCCAUUAGCAUCAUCAAAAGAAUUAAAAAGUUUUGCUCAUCUAUUUACUCAAUCUGUUAAGAAAAAAUUUAGUGAUGGUCAUCUUUGGUUUUCAGUAUUUUCACGUCCAGUUCGAAGUAAUUUUACACGUUUACAACGUAUUUCAUGUUGUAUAUCAUUAUUAUUUUGUACAAUGAUAUCAAAUGCAAUGUUCUAUCGACAAGAUACAAAUGCAACAGGAAAUAAAGCUGGUGUUUUAAUGAAAAUUGGUCCUAUUCAAUUUACAUUAACACAACUUUGGAUUAGUUUUAUUGGAACAUUAAUUGUUUUACCAGUAAAUUUAAUUAUUGUUACAUUAUUUCGUAAAGCAAAAUAUAGUCAAAAAACAUUAAUAACACAUCAAUUGAAAGAAACUCAACGUCGAAAGAAACAAUUAGAAAAAGAUGAACAAUAUGAAAAAACAACAAGAUUUUUCUUACGAGCAAAAAAUCGUUUUAAACAUUCGAAAAAACUUGAUGAAGAUGAAGUCGAACGUAUUGGAGCAAUACCUUCAGUUGAAGAUAAGACACGAACACUUCCACAUUGGACAAUUUAUAUUGCAUGGGGAUUGGUUACGUUGAGUAUUCUUACAUGUUCAUUCUUUAUUAUCUUAUAUUCAUUGGAAUGGGGUGCUAAACGAGCGAAUGAAUGGUUAAUAACAAUGAUGCUUUCAUUUGGUCAAUCGAUCCUUGUUAUUGAUCCGUUGAAAGUAUUUCUUAUAACUGCAAUAAUCAGUUUUCUUAUUCGUCGUCCAUAUGAUGAUGAAACACUUGAUUUUAAUGAUCCUUUUACAGGAGCAUUAGUAUCAAAUAAUAAUAUGGCUGAAAAUGAUGGUCAAGAUAUUUUUAGUGAUUCUCAAAUUAAAGAAGUGGCUCGUCAACGUCGUGUUCGAUUAUUUGAUUUACGUCCCAUCGAUUCAAAUGAAAUGUCUCGUGCUCGACAACAACGUUUACGUGAAAUAAAAAUGGGAGAAAUUAUUCGUGAAAUAGUUGUUUAUGUAUUUUUUACAGUUGUUUUAUUAUUUCUCUCAUAUCAAGCACGAGAUACAAAUUCAUAUGGUUUAUAUCGAGAUACAAAAAAUUUACUUAUCACAGAUGAUUUUCAUGGUGUUGAUUCAUUAACUAAAUGGUGGAAUUAUUGUGAUAAUGUUUUAUUAAAAGGUCUUUAUGCUCAAACAUGGUAUAAUAAUAAAAAUUUAACAUGGAGAGAAAAAUUAACAACUGGAAGUCGAGUUUCAAUGCGUGUUGGUGCACCACGAAUUCGACAAUUACGUGUAAAAGAAAAUAGUUGUCGAGUUCAUCGACGUGUUAAACAUAUUAUAAGUCAUUGUCGAGAUGAUUAUAAUUGGUUUGAUGAUGAUACAAAAGAUUAUACACCAAGUUGGGAACAAGUUUUGAAUAAAACGGCAGCAAAAAUGACUGAUGAGUCAAAUAAUGGAACAAAACGAUGUAGAACGCCAUGGUGUUAUCAAAGUAGUGCUCGUACAAAAAGUGGUCCUCUAAAAGCAAUUUAUAAAACAUAUAAAGGUGGUGGGUAUGUUGUAUCAUUAGGUCGAACAUAUGAAAAAGCUCGAUCACUUCUUACAACACUUCGUUCAGAAAAUUGGCUUGAUCAAUUAACACGUGCAGUUGUUAUUGAUUUUUCACUUUAUAAUGCAAAUGUUAAUCUAUUUGUUGCUGUAACACUUUCAUUUGAAAUGACAUCAAUGGGUUCAAUUAUACAAGAUUAUCAAAUAAAAGUUUUUCGUUUAUAUGAUCAUAUUGGUGGUUAUGGUAUUCUUGUUUAUUUAUUUGAACUUUUAUUUAUUAUUUUUACAAUUUAUUCUUCUAUACAUGAACUAUUAUUAAUAAUUAAACAAAGAAGAGAAUAUUUUGAUAAAUUCUGGAAUAUUAUAUCAUUUAUAACAGCAGUAUUUAGUAUAACAGUUAUAGCUAUGUAUGGAACUAAAAAAACAUUAACACGAUUAGCUAUUCGAUCAUUAAGAAAAACUGAUAUGGGUGAAUUUGUUAAUUUUAAUGCCAUUGGAAGUUUUGAUGAAGUUUAUUCAUAUAUUGUUGCAUUAGUAACAUUUUUUACAAUGCUUAAAUUUUUAAAAUUACUUCGUUUUAAUAAACGUAUUGGAAUGUUAUCACAAUCACUUCGUUAUGCUCGACAAGAUUUAAAUUCAUUUGGAGUUGUUUUUGUUAUUUUUAUGAUAGCAUAUGCACACAUGGGUUUUGGUUUAUUUGGUCGUUCACUUCAAUCUUAUAAGAGCUUUUUUACUGCAUUAACAACUUGCUUUCGAAUGCUUUUGGGUGAAAUUAAUGCUCCAGAUAUGCUUGCUGUUAGUCGAGUCUAUGGUUCAUUUUAUUUUCUUUCGUUCAUAACUCUUGUCUUUAUUGCUUUGCUAAGUAUCUUUUUGACUAUUUUGAAUGAUUCAUUUGCACAUGUUAAACGUGAAUUAGCUGCUUCACAACAGAAAAAUGAAAUGAUGGAUUUUAUGUGGUCUGCAUUUCGAAAAGUUGCAGGUAUUAAUAAUAAGAAAACAACGGAAGAUAGUGAUGAAAUAAUGAAAAAUAAUAUAACAACAAUGCUUAAUUCAAUGAAUAAGAAUUCAGAUGCUCCAUUGGCUAAAUUUGAUGGUGAAGAUCUUUAA